UAUGAACACACUAUUUUCUCUUUAUUAGAUUCUUUUUCACUAGCAUAUCAUUUACUGUUGAGAAAUAAUCGAGUUAUCUGCAAUAUGCAAAUCUUUGUAAAGUCUCUCGAGGGAAACACCCUCGUCAUUGGCACCACUGCUUCCUCCUCGGUCGCUGAUGUCAAGGCCAUGAUCCAGGCUCGCGAGGGUAUCCCUGCCGAUGCUCAGCUCCUCUCCUUCGCCGGCAAGCCUCUUGUCAACGAGAACGCCUUGUCUCUUUACGGUGUUCAGGACGACUCUACUCUUCACCUCAACUGCGAAUUGUUGGGUGGUGCCAAGAAGAGAAAGAAGAAGACCUACACUACCCCCAAGAAGAUCAAGCACAAGAGAAAGAAGGUCAAGAUGGCCAUCCUCAAGUUCUACAAGGUUGACCAGUCUGGCAAGAUCACCCGUCUCCGUCGUGAGUGCCCCAGUGCCACCUGUGGUGCCGGUGUCUUCAUGGCCUGGCACUCGGACCGCCAGUACUGUGGCAAGUGCCACUUGACCUACGUUUUCCAGAAGGAGGAGAAAUAAGCAAUUGCAAUUAAGCAAAAGUCAAACUAUCCGUGGUUGAUAUGGGGAAGAGGAUAUAUGGAUAUAGAUAUAUAUAUGAGGGUUAACAAAUAAUAGUGCACACUAUUAUUUUCUCUGUAAAUUUAAUUCAACUUAUUUCUCAUUAUCAAUAAUUGUAAAACAAAAUUAUAUAAUAAACAUGGAUAGUCUUGGCUGUUCUUUUUUAGCAUGUGGCAAACUCU